AUGGGGUUUCGGAGCCGGAGUAGUUGGACGCCCCGCUGCUGCUCAAGUAAGCCUAUUGCUGAGGUGGUGGUGGUUGUCUCGUCGAUGCUGGUAGCCCAGGUCGUAGUUUUGGCAUUGAUGGCACCACUCGAUCCGGCGCCGACAGAGCUAUCUACUGCUAGUGCUGUUGCUAUGGUUGCCUACGGGUCAACUCCAACCAUUAAUAAAAAAACCACUCCAUUAGUUUUCUAG